UUUAGUUUGCUUAUUUUAUUGCAAUACCUAAUUUUUUAUAGAAGAAUUUUGUUAAAUAGUCAUAAAUUCCCCUUUCAUUUUCUAAGUCAAGCAUGCAUAUUGCAUGCUUGUCUAGAAUCUGCGAUCUGAUUUCAGAUUUGCAAGAAUCACAACAAUGCCAUUAUUUAUGCAUAUAUAAAAGAAACAUACGUUAGCUGUGCAUAAACAAGAACACCAAACCUUGAAUAUGAAUAUGAACAUGGAAGCCAAAAGCUCCCAUAUGCCAAUGCUGCUUCUGCUGCUGCUCAUAAUCAACUCUUCAGUAUCGACGUAUCAGACGGAGACUCCUGCUGUGCCAGUUUCGAAGUUCGACAGUAGUUAUUUUCCUCCAGGUUUUCUUUGGGGAACAUCCAAUUCUGCUUAUCAGACUGAAGGAGAAGCAAACUCAAAGGGAAGAGGACCUAGCAUAUGGGAUACAUUUACUCACAAGUAUCCAGAAAGGAUAGACGAUCGUAGCAAUGGAGAUGUUGCCACUGAUUCCUACAAUCUCUAUAAAGAUGAUAUCAAAAAAAUGAAUGAAGAUGUGGGUAUGAAUGCUUACAGAUUCUCCAUUUCAUGGUCCAGAAUAAUACCCAGUGGGAAAUUAAGCAAAGGUGUGAACGAAGAGGGAAUUGAUUUUUACAACCGGCUUAUCAAUGAAACUUUAAAAAAUGGUUUGGUUCCUUUUGUAACUAUCUUCCAUUGGGAUGUUCCUCAAGGCCUUGAAGAUGAGUAUGGUGGCUUCUUAAGCCCUAAGAUAGUAUCUGAUUUUAAAGAUUAUGCGGAAGUUUGCUUCGAAAGAUUUGGAGACCGAGUAAAGCAUUGGAUUAGUAUGAAUGAACCAUUUGUGUUUGCUACAAAAGGAUACGAUUGCGGGUCUUUGGCCCCAGGACGAUGUUCAUCUUGGGUCAAUAAGGCAUGCCAAGCAGGAAACUCAACGGUUGAACCAUAUAUGGUUGGCCAUCAUUUGCUCCUUUCCCAUGCAGCUAUUGUUCAAACGUACAAGCAAAUGGAUGAAAAUGGCAAGAUUGGAAUAACACUUGAUAUAACUUGGACCGAACCUUACUCCACAAGUGCAGCUGAUCGUGCAGCUGCUCAAAGAAACCUCGAUUUCACUUAUGGUUGGUUUAUGGACCCCUUAACCUAUGGUUAUUAUCCAAAGAUAAUGAGAACUCUAAUCGGACAACGAUUGCCUUAUUUCACCAAGAAACAAGCUUUGCUAUUAAAGGGAUCCUAUGAUUUUAUUGGCUUAAAUUACUAUACUUCAAUUUAUGCUUCUGCAAAUGUUACAGCUCCUGACCCUAAUCCAAGUCACAUUAGAUUUGGAACUGAAAGUGCUGUUAAUUUGACGGAGUAUAGAGAUGGAAAAGCCAUUGGAAUACAGGCUUCUCCGAGUUGGUUAUAUAUCGUUCCACAAGGAAUUCGAUAUGUUUUAAAUUAUACCAAAGAUAGAUAUCAUGAUCCUGUACUUUAUAUUACUGAAAAUGGUAUCGGCAAUGACAAAAAUAGGCGCAGAGAUGUGAUGAGGAUACAAUUUUUUGAGCAGCAUGUUUGGAAUGUUCUUAAAUCUAUAUGUGAUUACAAAGUGAAUGUGAAAGGUUACUUUGCUAGAUCAUUUAUGGACAAUUUUGAGUGGUCAAGUGGAUAUACUCUUAAGAUGGGUUUAUAUGCUGUUGACCGAAAAACCAUGGCAAGAUACCCCAAACUCUCGGUUGCCUGGUUCAACAAAUUUCUCCAAUAUAAGAAUUCCACCGGCGGACCCAAAUGUGGAUUUUGAUCGAUAUUUGAAAAAAGAAAUUUUAAUUUUUUUUUAUGUCUGUUGCAGCACAAUUUUUCAAAGGCCUAAUGGUAAAAAAAACUCAAACUUUUACGACUUGUUGCAAUUAUAUCCAAACCUUUUAAUUUUUACA